AUGAACUCUCCAUACGCCACCAUUGUUGAUGCUAAGGACUUUCAUGCGGCGAUGAGCGCCGAGAAGAUCGACCGCGCUCUUCGCGCUGGCGACAAGGACACCGUCGUCAACAUCAUCGUCGGCCUCUCGAACAAUCAGCGUCAACAACUCCGCGAGCCAUACAAGAUCAAAUAUGGCAAGGACAUCAUCGCUUCGCUCGACAAGAAGUUUAGCGGCGACAUGGAGCGUGUGGUCAUUGCGCUCAUGGAAACUCCGCUCGAUUACGACGUCAAGCAGCUGAAGCAAGCGAUGAAGGGACUCGGAACUGACGAGGCUGUACUCAUCGAGAUUUUGUGCUCGCGCACCGUCGACCAACUUCGCGCCAUCCGUAGCGCCUAUGAGGCCCAAUACAAGGUUCCAUUGGAGAAGGACAUCGCUGGUGACACCUCGGGAGAAUUCCGCGAUCUUCUAGUCGCCCUUGUCACCGGAAGCAAAGACGGAUCCCAUGAUACCAACGAUGCUCAAGCUAAAGACGACGCUGUUCGCCUUUUCGCUGACGGAAAGGCUAAGCUCACCAAAAAGGAUGGGUCAAACUUCUUGCACAUCCUUGCCACCCAAAACCAAUAUCAACUUCGCAAGGUGUUCGAAAACUUCGAGCAACUCUCGGGAACCACCAUCGAGAAGGCGAUCGAGAAGGAGUUCAGCGGAGAUCUUCAGAAGAGCUAUCUCACUAUUGUUCGUGCUACCACCGACAAGCAGAAGUUCUUCGCGCAGCAACUCUAUGCUUCCAUGGAGGGUUUUGGAACUCGCGACAACGACCUCAUUCGCGUCCUUGUUACGCGCUCCGAGGUUGACUUGGAGCUCAUCAAGCAGGAGUUCGAGACUCUUUACAACAAGAGUCUGGCUGAGGUCGUCAAGGGAGAUACUUCGGGAGCGUACCGCGAUGCUCUCCUCGCCAUCAUCAAUGGAAAUCACUCUAAGACCCACUAA